AGCAAAAGAUGAUGCAAUUAGAAGCUAAAGCCGCAAACGUUAACAUCGACACAUCACAUGACUACAAUAAACAACUGGCGCAGUAUACAAAGGUGAUUAGCCAUGUGUGGGACAUAGCGAAUAAGGCGCGCGAAGAUUGGGAGGGCGAAGUUAGUACCAGAGCGACACAAGCUCAGACCAGCAGCGCUGCGGAUACUCAUGCUCUUCUAGCUGCUGUGGGGAUGGGUAAAGGUUUGAAAUCUGAUUCGAUACAAAUGGUUCAAUCCGGCGUAAAUCCAGUAGGUAACAGCAUGAUGGUGGGCAGACCUGGCAAUCAGCAGCAAACGACAGGGCAGGGGCCACUGGGUAAUCCACCAAUGGGACAAAUGAACAAGGCGCCAAGUGCAAUAAAAACCAAUAUCAAAGCGGCAUCACAGAUCCAUCCUUAUAGAUAAGAAUAUUAUAACAUCUCUGUUAUUUAAGAUGUAUUAUACAAUGAUCGAUAUUUCAAACACGUAUUUGUGAGACACGAUCGCGUAUGAGCGAGGAGAAAUACAUUUGUUCAUCACAGGCACAAUAAUAGCCUCCAAGCCUUGUU